AUGCCUGUAGAGCACAGUCUACCAUUCAACUACAACCUGCUUAUCACUACACCUAAUACUGUACUCCUCAGGACACUACAAGGCGACCAGACUAUCUUCGAGUGCGAGAGCGCCAAUGGCAUCGUCAAUGCCCGCGCAGCAACGAACAACAGCAGUCUGCUAGCGAUUGCGGACCGCCAUGUUGUCAUAUUGCACAAUACAGCGCGGCCUCGAGAGAAGAAGCAUCGACUGACAGGUGGGAGUGAUGUCCCACGGCUGUUACUGUUCUCUUCAGACUCGCGCACGCUAUUCUUCAACACUACCCUGAACAACUCGAUCCAAGCGUUCUCGCUGCCGACUGGCGCCCUACUACCCUCGUCUCACUCUCAUCCUUCACCCCCGAACGUCGUAGCGAUAUCCAGCGACGGACACAUACUACUGUCCGCUUCGUCUUCGCCCCCGACCGUCCUGAUACAAGACCGAAGAUGGCCUGGCAGCGCAGCAGUAGACUUCAAGCUCACAGGCACGUCGUCAGCCGUCACCUGUGCAGCAUUCGAGACCCUCUCCUGGGCAGCAGAACAAUCUUCGAUUCAGUUCGUACUCGGCUUUAAGGACGGUGCUCUAGCACUGUACAAGACGACUCUGCCGCUGCUCAGCCAAAGCCUAACUCCACACCACGAUGAUCAGUCAACAGAUCGUCAACUCCGGCCUACCGCAGAAGCAGCCUUGAGCAAGCUCCACAGAGCCGCGAUGGGUGGCGUCACUGCGGCGGCCUUCAUACCCGGUUACGCGUCACGAGUUAUCAGCGUCGGACAGGAUGGACGGUCUACAUCUCUAGCAGUUGCUACGAGCGCGCCGAUUACAUCGAGAGGCCGACGAGAUGGACCUGUGCUGCUCCAGGGCGAUACCACGGACGACCCUGAGACGAUGUACGAAGGCACUGAGACAUUGAUCGCAGUGGGCACACAGGCUGGCAAGGUGUUGGUGUAUAACGAAAUGGGUCUACUGGUGCAUGAGAUCGCUAUGGACAAGCCAGUUCGAUCAGUUGAGUGGGUUGGCGAUAUGUCUGCGCCCCCGAUACUUCCCACGAGAAAUUCUUCGCUAUCACCUGAUUCUGGUCCUGUAAUCAAGGCGCUGAUGGAAGGAAUUGGCGAGAUUGAAGACGAGCCGGUGCAGCAUACGACAGCGAAAGAGCUGCCCGAAAGGUCAGGCAGAUUAAGCACACCGGAGAUUGAUGGAGAGCCGGCUGUGUCAUUCUCUAUACAAGCUCAGAGUCAGGACCUG